UUGUGUACUUUCAUGUAUAAACAUGUGGCAAUUUCGCAUGUUGGCUCCACCCCCUAUGUACUAAUUCCUAGCUAUAGUGGACGUAAGAGUUAUGUCUCUUACCCUCCCCAGUAGUUUCAAGAUGGUUGCUAUCGUCUGUGCAGUUUGGUUGGAUAUAGGGAGAUUUUCUUCUAAACUUUAUGUUGCUGGAUUGUGAAAAGUAAUUACAUUUACAUUAUUAUACGAAUCAAAAACUAGAUUCAGAGCCCAUAAAGGAUGAAAGUACUGAAUGAAGGUAUGACGGGUAUGAGACUCCAUGAGCUACACAGGUAGAAUGGACAGCUACUUUAAAGCAGCAUUCUGUGACCUGGACAGGUUAUUGGAUGAUUUUGAACAGAGUGAAGUUUUGCAGAGUGAACUUGAAUUUCCUAAGCCAGCAACAACAGUAGUGUUUAGUACCGCAAAUUAUGAGUCAUUCUCUACAGAUGCAUACUACUCGCAACCUAACCAUCCAGAGCCUUCUUUGCAGUACAGUAGCAAAAAUUUACUUCCAGCAACAUUGAAAACUGAGGCUGGAAUACCUGAUCCUUCUUCAAGUAGUAUUGCAAAUUCAGAGCCUAGAUUUUCUUUACAGAGUGAGAAAAAUGUAACAGGACUGGACCUUUUAUCCACCGUAGAUAGCAAUACAACUAAAGAAAGUGAGUCAUUGGAUCUAGGAAGAUGCAGCGAUUCUGUUUGUGAUCUUAUUAGUGAUACAGGAAGUUCAUUUGCUGAAGGUGAUGUGUGUGUCACUGUGAAGGAAUUGCAGUCUUUGGAUGAUCAGUCUAGCAGGACAUUAUUGAUUGACUUUGCAUCUUCACCUAGCAAACCAAAACAUUGUGGCAGGGAUACUAAAUUGCAAUGUGAAAGUGAAAAUAUAAAAAGGUUAAGUCUGCUGGAUAUACAUGUCUCUAAUGUUACAGAAGAAGUUAAACACCCUUCUCCAUGUAGUUCAGAUUUGCAGGGUGAAGUUGCAGUUGUGGAUUGUGGAAAUUUUACAGAUGAUAAUACUGGGAUUGUUUCACCUACAUCUGAGGUUCAAAAUGCACAAAAUUCCAAAGGAAAUGAAUCAUGUAAAGACUUUAUGCAUUCUUUAGAAGGUAAUGAAAGUGCCAUCUGUACAGUUGUGGAAGAUAGGAUAGUGUUUGUUGGUAUUGCUGAAGGAAGUAAAGAAAAGCAUAACAGUAUCAGUGAAAAUCCAGUACCUUUGGAACAGUCAAGUACAUCUGACUUGGAGAAAUAUAAUGCUGUAGUUAAAAAUGUGGACUGUGCAGUAUGUGAUAAUGCACCUGAAUUACAAAAGGAAUCUUGCGCUGAAGAAAGUGGUCUGGGAACAAGUUUGCAUAAUUUGAAGUCUUUUGAACAAAAUGAAACUACAGAAGAUGGCUUCUUAUCUGCAAGUGACCCUAGUGAUGAUAUCCAACCAGCUUUAUCUUGCCUCCCAAUCCCUUUGUCUGCUUGUGUUUCUUUGGGUGUAAUCCAAGAUGCAGAGAAGAAUUGUAUUCAGCAUGAAGUUGUUGACAGUGUGGUUGGUGAUGGAGUAGCAGUGUGUGCUGAGGGACUUGCAGCAAACCAUGUCAGUUUCAGUCCAGAGCCCAGAAGACAAGGAAGUGUUGGCCCUGAGGAGGAAAAUGGAUGUGUGGUUAGUGCUGAUGUAGAGUCCAAGUUUGAAGAUGUAGUUACUGAUUUUGGGAAAUCCGAGAAGCUUGAAGGAAUAAACUCAGAAUUACAAACUGUACAGAAACUGGUAAUCCCUGUACCGUCCUUUCCUGCAACUCCAGAGUCUGAAAUAGAAUUUUCUUGCACUGAUCAAUUUAAUAAUGCCAUUUUGGAUUGUGAACAUUUAAAGCUAGAUGCACCAUACCAGUGUGUUUCUGCUUUAACUGUUGAUGAGGAGCUUAUUGGAGGCUUUGAGCCAUUAGUCAGUGAUUCUGAACUGGAUGCCUUCCUUAUGGAACAUAAUGUGGUUCCAGGUGUAGGAGUAACUGAACUGGAUAAAAGUGAACCAAGUUUAACAGAUGAAAGUGUUUCUCUAAAGAGGAAAGACACCGACUAUUUUAAAUAUGUUGAAGAUGAUCGUUACCUUACCAGAGAUUCUGAAAGUGUAGAGAUUUCUCCUGGACAAAAUAAUGUACAAACUCCAAAUGCUAGAAAUUUGUCAGAACUAACCACAUCUAAAGACUUGGUUAAUUUACACGAAGACUUGCCUGUACAUUCAUUUGAUGUCAAUAAUUCUGUAGCUGUUACCCCAGAGAAUGUGGAACAUGUUUAUGUUGGAGGUGCUAGACCAAAGCAGUUGUUCAGCCAUCCACAGAAUGUGCUAAGUGGAGUAAUGUCAGACACUGCUGACACAGUGAGUAACUUGUCUGUUGCAAGUAAAACAGACCAGACAGCAAAUUACCUACAACCUUCUAAUCCCACAAACCUUGAUCAGAAUGUUCCUAGUGUAUGUCUUACAGCUGCCGACAAUAGCUGUAAUGUUAAUCUUGAAGCCAGUGUGGAAGAGAGUGAGCAUCACUCUGCCAGCAUAGAGCCAGAAUCGUUUAAUGAAAAGAUGGAAGGUAGCAAGCUUGGACUCAAACAGCCAUCCUGGAUUCCUGAUUCAGCAGCACCCAACUGUAUGAAUUGCAAUACAAAGUUCACUUUCACUAAAAGAAGACACCACUGUCGAGCUUGUGGAAGGGUAUUUUGUGCUGAUUGCUGUAAUCGAAAAAGCAAGCUGCAGUAUUUGGAAAAAGAAGCAAGAGUUUGUGUUGUUUGCUGGGAAGCCAUUAAUAAAGCUCAGGCAUUUGAGAGGAUGAUGAGUCCAACUGGUUGUAGCCCUAAUCCCAAUAUUCCAUCUGAAUACUGCUCUACAGUUCCACCUUUGCAACAGGCCCAGGCAGCUGGCACGCUCAACUCCCCUCCUCCCACUGUCAUGGUACCCGUGUCUGUGCUUAAACACCCUGGAAAUGAAGGUUUAUGUCUCAAAGAACAGAAGAGAGUUUGGUUUGCUGAUGGUAUUUUGCCAAAUGGAGAAGUAGCGGAUACAACAAAACUGACAUCAGGAAGCAAGAAAUCAUCAGUGGACCUUAGUCCAGUCAGUCCUGUGCUACAAGAAUCACAGAUGAAGGUAAGAAACCCUGAUGAAAACUCAGAUGUCUCAUCUGUUGAAGUACCAUUACAGGAGUCAGAGAAUGCUGAACAUAUGAAUGAUGUGAAACUCCACACUCCUACUUCUGUUGAUGUAGUGAAGCCUGUAGUUGCCUGCUAUUCAGAUUACAGACUACUCUCCAUUAUUGAAAAGUGUGUCUGCAAAGCCGGUAGCCUAUUUUCUGAAGAUGAUGGAUUGGCACCCAUUAUAGUUGCGCAUGGUGGUCAAGAAGGAGAAACCUUGAUAGAAGAUAAUCCGGCUCACAAUCAAGUUAUGCAGCUGUUGGAGGAAGAGAGAUCUGAUCCACUUACAUUUAUAUUGAAUGCCAACCUGCUUGCAAAUGUGAAACUAGUAACAUAUCUUUCAAAGAAAUGUUGGUGCUUUUCAACAAAUGGGUUACAUUCUGUUGGGCAAGCAGAGGUUGUCAUAUUGCUGCUUUGUCUGCCUUGUGAAGAUGCAUUUCCAAAGGAUAUCUUCAAACUAUUCCUCAACAUUUACCAAGAUGCAGCAAAAGGAAAACACAUAGAAAAUCUGGGAAACUUUACUUUCAAUGAAAGCUUCCUUGGCAGUAAAGAUCAUGGUGGAUUCUUAUUUGUUGCUCCUACAUUCCAGUUACUUGAUGACCUGCCACUACCAGAAAAUCCUUUUCUCUUUGGAAUUCUUAUCCAGAAAUUAGAAGUGCCUUGGGCAAAGGUUUUUCCAAUUCGUUUGACGCUGAGAUUGGGUGCGGAGUACAAUGUGUAUCCAUGUCCACUAAUGAGUAUUCGACACAGAAAGUCUCUCUUCGGUGAAACUGGACAUACUGUUAUGAAUUUACUUGCAGAUCUUAGAAAUUACCAGUAUACCAUUCCAUUUGUGGAUGGUUUAGUAAUUCACAUGGAAAUGGGAAAGAGUACAAUUAAUCUUCCUGAAUGGCGGUACAGUGAGAUAGUGAAGAUCAUGAAGUCUUCCAAUGAGCAUGUAAUAAGCAUGGGGGCCAGUCUAAGUGCAGAAGCUGAUUCACAUCUGGUUUGUGUACAGAAUGAUGAUGGUGUAUACCAGACGCAAGCAAACAGCUUUACAGGGAAUCCUAGAAAAGUUACAGGAGCAAGUUUUGUUGUCUUUAAUGGAGCCCUUAAAGCAUCCUCUGGAUAUCUUGCCAAAUCCAGCAUAGUUGAAGAUGGAUUAAUGGUACAGAUAACUCGUGAAACCAUGGAUGCCCUUCGACAAGCCCUGCAAGAGAAGAAAGAUUUUGAUAUACCAUGUGGGAAGGCUGAUGCUUGUGAGUCAAGGGAGUAUGUGAAUAUUUGCUGGACAUCAGGCAAAGCAGACGUGAAUAAAGGUGUUACCAGUCCAGUUGAUGGAAAGUCCUUGCAUGGAAUGCAGUGUGUAAAAAUGCUACAGGAAAUGGAGUUUGAAACUGAUGGGAAACUUGUCAGGUGUACAGAGAUAUUCUAUCUUCCAAAGGAGCAAGGGGCACAUGGCUCCAGUAUUUCAGCAACUUGUCUUCAGUUUGCAAAAGAGAUUGCCACUGCCUGCAGUGCUGGCCUUUGUCCACACCUGAGAACAUUGAAAACAAGAGGAAUGAACAAGCUUGGCCUUAGAGUCUCAACUAAUGCCGACAUUGUGGAAUAUCAGAUGGGUUCUGGAGGCCAGCUACUUCCCCAGCACUACCUGAAUGACCUCGACAGUGCUCUUAUCCCAGUGAUUCAUGGAGGAAAUUUAGACACCAGCAGUUUACCAUUAGAGAUGGAGUUUGUUUUCUUCAUCAUAGAGAACUUAAUUUAAAUGUUGUGAUUGUUCUAAGAGCAAAUCUGUAAGAAAGGUAAAUGUUUUUUUAGAAAAAUGCCAAAGUUUUAAAGAUAGCAAGACCAAGAUGUUGGUUAAAUGUUUUAAUAAAAAACUUAAAUACUGCAAAUUCAUUGUAGUAUGUGAAAUUAUCUUCAAUUUUAAAAAUCUGAAAAGGUUCAGGGAUUGUGACUACACAAGUUUACAGAGUUAAUGUACAGUAUUGCUGAAGAUUUAUAUACCUUGUUCUGGCGACUGCCUAUAGCCAUUUCUUCUGAAAGUUUAGUAUUUAAUUACAGAAAGGAAGCAGUUUACUUUGACUUUGUGAUAUAAGCCUUAAUAAGUAAACAAUUUCAAAAUGCUGUUUUAGAUAUUAUUUUAUUUAUAUAUAUAUAUAUAUAUAUAUAUAUAUAUAUAUAUAUAUAUAUAUUCUUAUUAAUUUGGUACCCUUAUUGGUUUGCAGUACUGUCAUUUAUACAUGCUUCUGAUAUAUAUAUAUAUAUAUAUAUAUAUAUAUAUAUAUAUAUUAUUUUUUUUCUGCUUCUUGGUCUGCAGUGAUCUGCAUGUAAUAUGGCCUCCUUUUCCAGGGUCUCUGAAGUGGACUGACACAAAAGUGGAGAUAAUGUAGCAUCUAUAUUGCAAUAACAUCGGAAUUCUUCGAUAUUUUAUUCUGGGUUUGAUUGUCCAUGACAAUCUUAAGUAUAAUCAAGAAAAUUGUGUGAUUUGUUCUGUAAUCUGGUUAGUUGUAUUAUAUGACUUUUUGUGUAUAAUCUAUUUUUGAUAGAUUGGAAUGAAAUUUAGUAAUUUCAAUAUAUUUAUGUAGCUGCAUGAUUUACUGUAAAAUAUAAUUAAUGUCUGAUACACUAAUCAGUACCAGUCAAGCACAGAAAAGGCUCUGGAUAAUGAUAUUCCUACAACAGAAUUGUCCCAUUUACUGCAACUUGACUGCCUAAGUGAGAAAUCUGUAAAUGAACAGCCAUUAGCUGGCUGACAAUGCCCUUGAUACACUCAAAAACUUAAGAUAUUUUAUUCAGUAAUACAGAGCUAAGCUGAUAGUUUUUUUUUUUCUUAUCACCUUUGGAUUUUAUGUUGUAACUUCAGUUUACGUCAAACGCAAGGCUUGCUGUUUGGGGCAGUUUAUAAUAUCUCUUCCUAGUAACAUAUACUUAGCCUUAUAUUCUUUGUAUUGUGCUUGCUGUAUUUAUACAGCAGCUGAUUGCAUUGGGCAUGUUAGUGUUGUGUAAAGACAAGUAGUCAAGAGAGGAAAGGAUAGCAAUUUUGUAUUUACAGUUGUAUGAAGACAGUUGUAGAAAAAAAGGUAAAAUAUGUUUAUUAAAACAGGUUAAAAUGGACUGUUUGCUUGCUUACUGUACUCAUAUGAAGGAAAUGAAUUCAGAAUUAUAUAUUUGACUGAUUGAUGGAUAAAUGUUAAGAAGUUUUCAAGAAAUGUGCUGAUCAUCUGAGUAAGAUCUGCAGCAAACUUUUAACCUCAUUACUCAGAAGCAGAUUUAUUUUUGUAGGUAUUAACUUCUGAGUGCUUUUUGAUAACAUGAUUAAAAAAAGAAUGGCACUUUGAUAAGUAGAUUUUAGUCUCAAAACAAGGUGGCCUUUAUACUUUGUAGUAGAACCACUUGGAAUGUGAUGCAGUCUUAAGACCAGAAUUGCCUUGUGUGCUUAACUGGUGCAGAACUGGUCACAUGUGGCCUAUUCUAGUGUGAAGGUUCUGUUAGCACUUUCUGCACCUAGUGCACCCUCAUUUCACUGUAAAAUGGGGGUAAUGGGUUGCCUAAAUGGCAUUUAUAGUAUUGUUCACUAGACUGUCAACUGAAGAAUAUUUUUAUGCAUAACUUAAUUCAUGUAUUGACUUGCAGGAGGGUGUCAUUUUUGUUUAUACAUUAUCAACUUUGGAGUUUCUGACAAAAAAGCUUAAGUCACCUCAUUAUUUUUGUUUAGAAAGGUGGUGCAGGUGUCACCUCCUGAAAAAGAUCCUGUAUGUUUUACACUGCGUUAAAUACAGUUGGAAUAUUGAUUCAAAUAAAAAUUCCACUGAAA